UGGAGAUGCUUGCUUGCCGAUGCACAGGGAACCAACAGUGCUUAUAAUUUUGGGCAGGCUACUGUCAGUCUACAACUUGCGCAGUAAAGCGCACUUUUUGUCCAGGGGUUAUUUUGCAUUUCGGAGGGGACUGUCAUCCAGGACGGAUUGGAUACAUGUUAGUGAACGUGCUCUGCCUAAUGUGAGAUUUUCGUCCACCACUUGAAACAAGAACAAUAGCAAUGGGAUCAUUUCGAGUGAUAAUAGGGAUUUUACAUUAUAUGGGACUCUAUAGUCAACUUAACGCUGCUUCCAAACCGGCUGUGCCCGCCGAGGUGGACAAUCAUAUAUCUGGAAAUGCUGUCUUCACAGAGGUUCCUCAUGACAUCACGACGCAGAGCGGUCAGGACGUGGAGAUGGCCUGUUCGUUCCGGGGGGCGGGCCCCUCCUACUCCUUGGAGAUCCAGUGGUGGUACAUGAAGAACCACAGAGACUGGCCAGAGAAACCCACCUGGACCACCAAUCAGGUGGUUCCCAUGGAGAUGUCUAAAGAUGCCGCAAAAAUAAGUGUGGUAAAAGUGGCCGGGAGCAACAUCUCCCACAAGCUUCGCCUCUCCAGCAUCAAGCGGUCGGACGAGGGCACGUACGAGUGCCGUGUCAUCGACUUCAGCGGCAGCGUGGCGCAACACCACCGUGUCCGGGCCUACCUGCAGGUGGAGGCUGAACGAAGCCUGGGCCACAUCUCGGCAGACACCCUGCCUCAGGAGCCUCGGCACAGGGGACAGGGGAGCCAGGCGGAUCUACACCAAACAGAGGGCCGGGAACUGAAGAGGCGUUCGGCCGAUGACAGCACCACGGACUGCACUGAGAGCUGUGUGCUCUAGAGGUUAUUGUGUCCAGAUGGGAAGAACAGGAGUGCAUGUUCCCGAUUAUCAUAAGAAGGAUGAUUGUUUUAACACCCACAGAGAGGCCUGGACAAAAACAGGACUCUUUCUGCUUAAUUUAUAUGUUCAUUUAUGAAUCGAUUUGUUUGGCUUGUUUGUUUGUCUUAUAUUUCUUUAUGCUUGUUUGGAUUAGGAUUGUCAGAGACCACCAGGGGGCAUGAUCGUACGUUAUCUUGGUUCUCAAUGUAAUGUUAUUUCUCAUCACUUUCGUUAAAGCCCCAGUGCAGUCAAAAACGUGUUUUCCUGUAUUUAAUAUAUUUCCACACCAUGAGGUUUGAUUAAUACUGUGAAAUUGUCAAAAUUAUGAUUAUGCCCUUUUAGUGUAAUAGCUGUUUGAAAAGAUUGGCUGAAAUUUCUGCCUGUUUUGGUGGGAUGGAGUUUGGCCUGCCUCGUGACAUCAUAAUGGACCAAUAAGAAAGAGAGUUCCAGACCUCUCUGGCAGAUAGUUUUCCCCUCCCCACUCAGACCACUCCCAGACAGUCCUAUCAAAAUUCUUGCUUUAGAAAUUGCUAUUUGCUAAGAACCUAUUUUUGUUUAUUUUUUACAAUUUUAUUUGGAAACUAUCACAAUAAGGUACUUAAUUGUUACCCAAAAAUGAUUUGAUAUUGAGAUAAAUACGGCUGCAUUUGACCUUUAAAUGCUUUGUCCAUGAUUUCUGACUCUGGGAUUGUGAUGGGUGAAGAUGAGGGUAUUGUUGGCUGGAGAGGAGAUGGCGGUAAGGCCUGUGUCUCAAAAGUCUGAAUUUCAUUCCUUCCCUUGUCUCCAUUCCUUCUUAAGCACUGAUAUGAAAUGACUGGAAAGGGACAAGGCAAUAUAGUAGGAACCAAUCCAGAUCUUUCCCUAUCUGUAGUUAUAAAGUAAAGGAGACGAGGAGAGAAAGACACCCCAUGAUAGAUUGAUUGGAUAGGGAGAUUUUGCUCUCAGUGAUGUAUACAUUGAAAUGCCUCGUUCCUCAAUGGUGUUUUAUGGAAAUGUAUGCCAAAAAAAGUUACAGUAUUUACAUGCAAACUACACUUUUUAUUUUAUCAAGGUCUGUGAAAGUACUUUGGAGAGUUGUUUUUUGGUUUGUACUUACAUUUUGCUUUAUCUAAAGGGUGUAACUAUUUAAACCACUUCUAGAAUGUCUAACGGAAACCCAAACAUACAUGUAUGCCUUCAUCACCUGGAAUAAACUGUAUAAUAUUGUCUUCACAAUACACACACACACUUUUCCUAUCAACACAACACAAUUUAUUCAGUGCUAAGUAACCAAAUGAAUCAUAUGGCACAUAGUGGGUUGGCUUUCUGGACCCAGAUUAAGCCUGUGCUGGACGAAAAUGCACUUUCAAUGGAAAUUCCCCAUUGAGAAUAAUUUUUAGUCCUGGACUAGGCUUAAUAUGUGUCAGAGAAACCUCCCCAGAGUAUGUUAAUCCUUGCUUUUUUGUCAUUCUAUUUCCAACUAGUGUUGGGCUUUUUUGUGCAAUUAUUUCAUCAGUAGAGUUAAAAUGACAGUUAAGGUAUGUUUUUUUCAACUCUUUUCAUGUUCGUCUUCUUGACAGUGUUUGUUCUUCAAUCUAAGUGCUGCUGUUUGAUAUCUAUUCUGUUAAAUACUUUUAUUUGAUGGGAAACCUUUGGUCUUUAGAUUUUUUAUUUUUAUUGUUUCAGUUAAAGUACUGUUAUGUCUGCGUGAUCUCCUGUCAGAGAAAAAAAGUAAUUCACAGAAAUCAAAACAUUUGAACUUGAUGGUUGAUGAAAGAGUUGAUUGUCAAUAGGCAGAGUGCGCUGUUUGAAAAGGAAAGGGAGGUCUUAAAUGCACAACAGGACCAUGGAUGCUUGUAUUCUUCUACAUCUGCUUUGCUGUGAUCAGGAAUACACCAGCAAACACCUUUUGAAGCAUCUGUCAGAUAUAGUUGUCAUGAAUUACAUGUAAGGAGAAUAGAAGCUUCAUUAUUGCAGUGUUUUGAGAUUUUAUGACAGACUAUGUACCACCUGUUAGUAUUUCCAAGAUAAACGGACAGGUACAUAUUUAACAAAACCCUGAAUAACCCGUGAAUAAUAUAUUAACUGUACAAUCCUGAAAAUUACAUUUUAGACAAUUAGCACCCACUCUUACCCAGAGCGACUUACAAUUAGUGCAUUCAAAUAUAUGAGGUGUGGAUCAAUUGAUUGUUUUUUACGCUUCUCUUAAAAGUUGCUUAGCUGGUAAAUUGUAGAAUGAAGUUGUCGCUAUACACUGAAGGACAGACAGUUCUAUGUUUAAAAAAAAGUUUAACCAUUCAUUACAUAUCAUUGGAAGGUAAGGUGACGGUUAUAUACUCUCUGAACAUUUAAAAGGAGAGCUGGGAUGUGGAAUGCAACAUCAUCAAUGUUAUGCUGCCAUUGUGAAAUAUUUUAGGAAAUAUAUGGAACAAUUCCUGUCAUAUUUAUUAAAUCCCCCCCAAAAUUGUCUUUUUUUUAUUUGGUCCCUUCAGUUGGUCUAUGUUGGUUUGAGGACACAACAACAGAAUAUGAAGUGUUACACAGCCCCCCUUUUCACUCUUCCCAUCUUCUUAUCCUCAUUUGGGGUGCACUACUGCCACACACAGUCCUAACAAUGAAUUACAAUUACCAGUGCUCCUCAGCCUGCUUAAUUGCACUUCCUUGUUUAAACAAUAGAGGUCUGUGUUACACAUCCUAUCACCUGCUGACCAUAUUGACCAUAAAAAAACAGGACCCUAACCUGCCAUUACACAUAUCUGAGACUCCUUAUCCCUUUGAAAAGUAAUUUCUCAGUAAUGACUCUGGUGCGGUUUUCAGUGGAGUGAUUUUACAAUCACGGACCACAGUAACAAAAGGUUGCACCAUGAACCAUGCAGUCAACUCUUCCUAACUUAGAAAAGUAAGGUUAUGGUCAUGAGCUUCUGCUGAUGCCUAAAUAUCCACUGUGAAGUUACAGUUAAGCUCUUAGAUAUUGCCUUUGCGUAUGCAUGUGAGGUAAUUCCCGUGUAACCGAUGUGAAAUGGCUAGUUAGUUAGCGGUGGUGCGCUAAUAGCGUUUCAAUCAGUGACGUCACUCGCUCUGAGACUUGAAGUAGGGUUUCCCCUUGCGUUGCAAGGGCCGCGGCUUUUGUGGCGCGAUGGGUAACGAUGCUUCGUGGGGUGUUAGUUGUUGAUGUGUGCAAGGAUCCCUGGUUCGAGCCCGGGUUGGGGCGAAGAGAGGGACGGAACCUACACUGUUACACCCGCAUGGAUGUGAGGCAGUUCAAGUCUUUUCAGAUGGUUGGAAACAUGCUUCAUUUCAGCAGAGCUAGUUCACUGUAGUGCUCUUAAAGAGGCAAUCUGCAGUUACCACAUCAAUUUAGUUUACUUAUAAAUGAAUGACAUGUAGCCAUUGAUUCUUGAAGAAUCAUGAGCUUAGUUCAACCAUUAUACCCCAUCAGAACCCAAAAUAUAAGCUUGUUUGAAAACAAAGCCAAUGUAAAGAAGCACCAUAUAGCAUCAAAACAUGGUUAAAACUAUCAUUUUAAUACCAGGGAUGGUCAGUCCUUGCAUCAAUAGCUUUGUAUAUGAAUUUGAGAGUGGAUAUAUUUCUCCAGCUCCAUCCCUCAGCUUUUUACUGAAACGGAAGGGGAGAAUGCUUUGUAAUUGUUUUAACUGCUGAUUGUCACUUUAAGCGUGUCUGGAAAUGCUGUAGGAAUUCCAGCCCAGAUGAACACGCUGAAGUGAUCAUUGCAUCAACAUGACACAACAGCUGCAAUGUUAAGAAUAUGCCAAGGGCAGGUUAGAGUUGUCUGAGGUCAUUGGUAAAACUACCAUCAGAAUAAUAGUAUGUUUGUGUUUGCACAUUUGCUUUACAACUUAUACUUGUACUUGUUUAGCUUGUUUUCAAACAAUCAAAUUAUUUAACAGGAAAUCAUAAAGUAAGAGAUAAAUAAUUCUGAAUUUCUUGGGAGAGUGGUUUUGUAAACCUGUCACCAUCUCUUGGUAGCAGUAGAUUGUAUUGUAUCUGACAUUUUAUAAAUACAACUUAAUGUUUUGUCAAAGUUAACAAUAAAAUGAACAAUCAGUGCAUACAA